GUUGUCUUGAUCGCAUAAAAUCACAUUUCCCCAACAAUAUGUAGCAUUUAGAGGCGGUUUUCUAUCGCUUUAGUGUUUGUGUUGAUAAAUAUAACAUACAAGUUGCCUUCAUGUGUAAAUCAUCCAAAAUGGUGUCUGGAAGUACGCGGGUGAUACAAGUCACCAAUAUCGCGCCGCAAGCAACUAAAGACCAAAUGCAGACGUUGUUUGGUUAUUUGGGAAAAAUAGACGACAUUAGAUUAUAUCCUACUAUAAGAGAUGUGUCCUGUCCAGUACAAUCACGAAUAUGUUACGUGAAAUAUUACGAUUCGGCGACAGUAAACGUUGCCCAACAUAUGACGAAUACCGUCUUCAUAGACCGUGCCCUUAUUGUGAUUCCGAUGCAGUCCGGUGAGAUACCUGACGAGCACAAAGCUCUCGAGAUGUCUAGCAAUGGAACUCUCGUACCUGGGUUAAGUUCUGUGGAGCCUCGGUUGCCGGCGCACGUUGUUAACACGCUGGAAGGAAUGCCUGGUAGUCAGGUGAUUCAGACUCAUGAUCCUAGAAUGGCAGCGGCUGGUUUGCCGCCGUAUCCUCCCUUGCCUGCUGCAUAUGACUCUAGGAAGAUUGAGGAGAUAAGACGAACGGUGUUGGUGGCUGACAUUGGUUCUCUGACAUACCAACAGCUGAUAGACCAUUUCAGUCAGGCUAGUGAAGUGAAGUACCUGCGCUUUUGUGAGCGAGAUGCAGAUAAGUUGAAGUAUGCACUGAUUGAGAUGUCUGAGCAGGAGGGGGUACUUAAGGCGAUUCAAUUGAAUGGUUCUGUUUUGGAAGGACAGACUAUCAAGGUGCAUCAUGCGACACAAGCAAUCAGCAAGCCGCAGACGAAAAGCAAUGAAGCAGCACAGCGAGAAAUUGAAGAAGCCAUGUGUCGUGUGAAGGAGGCACAAAAUCUCAUCUCUGCUGCUAUUGACCCUGUUAUAGGAUUGCUUUCCAAAGAUAAGAGGAGGACGCGUUCCCGCUCGAGGUCUCGCCGCCGUUCGCGAUCUCGAUCGCGUCGCUCGCGGUCUCGUCACCGCAAACGCUCCCGCUCGCGCUCCCGCCACCGUUCGCGACGCUCCCGCUCACGCCAUCGCCAUCGUUCUAGGUCUCGUUCUCGCCAUCGGAGCUCACGUAGAUCCCGUUCUCGCUCGCGUCACCGCAGCUCGCGUUCCAAACGCGACCGUGAUCGCUCGCGAGACCGCUCACGCGAUCGCAAAGACAAGGACAAGGAUAAAGACAAAGAAAAAGAUAAGGACAAGGAUAAAAAAGACUCCAACGACAAAGAAAAAAAGGACAAAUCCAAAACACCUGAAAAAGAGGUUGAACCCCCCCAAGAAAGUAAGCCAGAAGUUGAAACUAAUGGCAAUGGUCCCGUGGUUGAAUCGAAAUCGAAAGCCUCGACUCCAGCUGACGACAAAGAGAAAGAAAGCGAUAAAGAAAAGGAAAGGUCGCCUUCUAAAAAACGUGAUAGGUCUCGCUCACGUGACAAAAAACGUGACCGGUCGCGGUCUAGGCGUAGAUCAAGGUCACGUUCGCGUAGGAAGCGUUCUCGCUCGCGUAGACGGUCCCGCUCAAGGGAUAGAAAAAGGUCACGGUCCAGGGAUAAAAAACGAUCUCGUUCCCGGGAUAAAAAAAGGUCGCGCUCUCGUGAUCGUAAGAGGUCUAGAUCUAGAGAUAAGAAGAGAUCUCGAUCGAGGGAUAAAAAGCGAUCUCGUUCCCGUGACCGCAAGCGUUCACGUUCGAGCAGCCGGAGAUCGAAGAGCCGCUCUCAUUCUACCAAGGAUAGUAGUAAAACAUCCCACGAAAAGCGGUCACGCGGGAACACUCCAACUCUCCCGCCUGUUCACGAAGAGAAAAACAAUUCUAUCAUAGAAAAUAAACAUCAAGAUUUAGGCGACGAAAAGAAUUCGCCCGACAACAUGGACAUUUCCAAUUCACCGUAGAUCUUUAGAUUACUCUUAUUGUCAUAUUUUUAGAAAUGAAAUUAGUGCUUCAUUUUUCUUCAUUGUUUCGAUUUGGAAACCAUAUAUUUAAGUAAUAACA